AUGACAGGUUCAAAUAAUAAUAUUAAUAAUGAUGAUAAAAAUAUUUCAACAAAAACAACAAAAAUAAUACGAAAACAAUUGAUACCUGGAACAAUUAUUGAUAAUAAAGAUCAUAAAUAUAGAGUUAUAUGUUGUAUAGGAUCUGGUGGCUUUGGUGAUGUAUAUAAAGUUACCCGUUUUUCUGAUAAAAAAAGUUAUGCUUUAAAAACAGAAAUAGCAUCUACAAUACAAAGACCAUUAAAAGAAAAAAUUCCUUUUGAAGUUUUUAUAUUAAAAGAUGUUUUUCAAAGUAACAAAAUAUGUAAAGAAUAUUUUACUGAAUGUUAUGAUAGUGGUUCAUAUGAUGGUUAUUUAUUUAUGGUUUGUAAAAUUGUUGGAAAAAAUCUUAGUGAUUUAAGACGUUUAUAUGGAAAUAAAGGAUUACUAUUACAUUCUACUGUUAUGAAACUUGGUAUAGAAACAAUGAAAGCAUUAUCAAAUUUACAUUCAUGUGGUUAUGUUCAUCGAGAUGUUAAACCUUCAAAUUUUGCUAUUGGAAGAAAUGAAAAUUGUGAAAAAAUAUAUAUUUAUGAUUUUGGAAUAUCACGUUGUUAUGAAAAUAAAGUUAUUCCCUGUGCUCCAAAAGAAGGAAAUCGAAUAUUUAUGGGAACAGUUAGGUAUGCCUCAAGAACUUGCCAUAAAAGAGCUCCACAAUAUCCUAAAGAUGACAUUGAAUCAUGGUUAUUUAUGUUUUCAGAAUUUUUUGAUAUGCAAGCAUUAAGUUGGAGAAAAAGUAUUGAUAAAAAAUAUGUAUUAAAUGAGAAAGAAAAAUUUUUUACCGAAUUUUGUAAAAAAAAAGGAAGUAAAAUUCCUAAGUCAUUUAAUAACAUAGUUGAUUUUUUUAAUUCAAAAGAAUUUACUGAAAAAAAUUGUAAUUAUAUUGGGUUAGAAGAAAAAUUAACAAAUUUAGCUAAUGAAGAAAAAAUAAAUUUAAAAAUAUUAUUUGAAUGGAAUCCAGCAUUUAGGGAAGGAAAAACGGUAUCUACAAAUACAGAAGGUAGUGAAAUUGAAUCAAAAGAUUUCGAAACUGAUAGUGGUUUAUCAUCAGUCAAUAAAUCACUUCGUUUAACAUAA